AUGACAACCACUACUUCUGAGAGGACUAUCGAAGUCCUGCGUUCACUCUUCAGUUCUUAUGGCCUACCUGAAGAGGUUGUCUCUGAUAAUGGCCCCCAGUUUACCUCAACUGAGUUCGAACAGUUCAUGAAACGGAACGGGGUCAGGCAUACUCUAGUAACGCCCUAUCACCCAGCUUCAAAUGGAGCAGCGGAACGCUCAGUCCAGAUCUUGAAACAAACGCUUCAAAAGCAGGUUUUUGAUGGUGAUGAACAAUGUACAAUUCAGCAUAGGCUCAGUAACUUCUUACUGAAGUAUCGAUCUACUCCACAGACUGUUACUGGUGUAUCGCCAGCUGAAUUAUUUCUUCAGCGUCAGCUACGCACACCUCUCUCGUUGUUGAAACCUGACACUGGAAGUCGCGUUCAACGGAAGCAAGCUGAGCAAAAACGACAACAUGACAAAGGGCGAGUUCGGGUUCGAACAUUCUCACCGAAACAGACAGUGCGGGUGAGGAAUUUCAGGGGUGGUCAGGAAAAGUGGAUGCCGGGUACGAUAGUGAGACAGCUAGGUCCUCUUACUUAUCUCGUACGGAUAGGACCAAACAUUCGCUACACCCAUGUUGAUCAUAUCUUAUCGUCAGGGGAGGAACCGUUAUUUGACGAUUUAUCCGUGGUGUCUAAUUUGGGUUCAAACCAGUCGCAAGUGGAUACACCCGUGGUACUACCAGAGACGUUCUCGCGUUCUCCAAUACCGUCUAAGGAACCUGAAACACUUAAGGUGCCCACCUCUGUACCUGACACCUCAGCAGUCGUAGCACCGAUUCCAACUCCUCAGCUGGAAUCGUCGACGAGUGACAUUCAGACACCCGUUGUGUCGAGCACUAGCCCGGUCGUUGGUCGUAAUCCACCUAGGAACCGUCAGCCCCCACAAAAGUUGAAUUUGUUUGUUGGCUAUUAG